AAAGCAAACCGAAGUGGAAACACUUUUCUCGAGAAGAGAGAGAAGAAAAAGAAAAGUUAUAUUUUUGGAUGCAAAUAUACUUUGCUAUAUUCUAUAGAUGUGCCUGAUUUAUGAAAGGCAAAUAUUUAAGUGUAAACAUCACAUACGAAGAAACGAUCACCACAUACCAAGUGAUUCAAAGCUACAAACGAAACACCAAGAGAUUCAUAAGACCGGAAACCAAUUAAUUAGGCGAAACAAUACUCACUAGACACAUCAUCAUCAUACCAUAAUGCACAUCACAUGGAGCACUCAUCAGAUCAAUUUCCUUUAAGCACUGCAAGAGAAACUAAAUUAAAUUCAUUCAGUUUGCCGGUUUAGUUGAGCAGUAAAGGCAUUCGAAGAAAGAAAAUAAAGCAAAACAAAGGAAUAAAGAAAAGCAAGUGGAGAUACUCAUCGUAUCAAGUUUCAGAGCAAUGGAAAGUGGCGUUAGAGCAUUAGAUAUCAUCACAUUAUUACAAGAGCGAAUCGCCUUUUUAUCGGGUGGUCGCGAUGGACGUGGCGGUCCAAUUAUCACAUUUCCAUCAACACCAAAACGUGAAAGAAUUAAACCGGAAGAUUUGCGUCGCAUCAUCAGCUACCUGCUUAACAUUCCAAGUACUGAAGCUCGUAGUUUGGGAUUCACAAUCAUUAUUGAUAUGCGAGGCAACGCCAACACAUCUGCUGGUGCCAAAACAGCAUUGAAGAUUCUACAGGAGAAUUUCAGCGACCUCAUCCAUCAGGUUUUGAUUAUUAAGCCCGACAAUUUUUGGCAGAAGCAAAGAAGUUCAAUUGCCAGCAACAAAUAUAAGUUUGAGGUCACAACAAUAUCGAUUCAAGCGUUGAGUAAGAUGAUUGACGUGUCGCAAUUAACGUCUGAAAUCGAUGGCUUCUUACAUUACGAUCACAGUCAAUGGCUUGAGUUGCGUGUUGCUUUUGAAGAUUUCUCAUGGCAAGCGAGUGAUAUUGGCGAUCGAAUUGAAGAUUUUCAAGAAGAUCUUCAACAUUUUGAUCUCGCAGAAGAUGUGAAUGGUGCGAAACAUCAAAUCGAUAAUCACAACGACAUGAAACGAAAGAUUGUCAAGUUGCCAUUAGAAGAUUUAGAUGGACUUGGACAAAAACUUCUGGGAAAGCUCACACACUACAUGAAUCGUUCAGAUGGCUCAAAUGUGUCAACACCAACAACAACCACAACAUCAACAACGACAAAUUCAAAUCAACAAACUUCCAAUGGCGCGUCGUCAUCAAACUCUGUAAAUCCUGACAUCAAUGAUACAAUAAGUCAAGUGCUGCAACAUCUUGAAACAUCAAGAAAUACGCAACAACAAUUGCUGCUUCUUUGGCAACAAAAGAAGCAAAAGCUCGAUCAAUGUUUUCAGCUUCGUUUGUUCGAACAAGAUUGUGAAAAAAUGUUCGAAUGGAUUAUGCAUAAUCGCGAUGUUUUCCAACAAAACUAUAUGGACAUUGGAGUGAAUCAUUUGACAGCGAAAAAUUUACAAGAAGAUCACAAUCGUUUCGCUGUGACGACAAUGACAGUGAGUGUAAAUAUUGGACGGAUAAUGAGUGUUGCGGGACGUCUUGUGGAGAGUAAUCAUUAUGCGUCACAACAUAUACGCUCAUUAGCAACACGGUUAGAUAAAACAUGGAAGGAAUUUACGAAUCGGCUUGAUGAGAGAACUGCUGUGCUUAAUUUGAGCGUGAUAUUUCAUCAUAAAGCGGAGCAAUAUGCGGAGAGUGUGUUAUCAUGGUCAGCAGCUGUCGAAGCAUCAAUUCCAAAUCCAUCCGAUGCUGAGAAUCUUGAAACAGCAAUUCGAACGCACCAAUCAUUGUAUGAAGCGAUGUGUCAUGCUUACACUGAAGUUCAUUCGACAAGCAAGAAACUUCUUUAUCAACUCGAUCAUCUUGUUCAAGUCUGCAAUCAACCAACAGCCAUUAAUGGAAAUCAGAGAAAGAAUGAGAAUGGAAAAUACAACAACAACCCCGCAGCUGAUUAUAGUGAAGGAGCCACCCACGUUUUACAUUUAAUUCAUCAAAUUCUUUCUCAUCAUCGAGCACUUGAAGAUAAAUGGCAUAAAGGAAAGCUUCGUCUUCAUCAGAAGCUUGCAUUGCGAUUGUUUCAGGAAGAUGUGAAGCAAGUGCUAGAUUGGCUGCAAAAUCAUGGCGAUGUGUUCUUAAAGAAGAAUAAAGGGAUUGGAAGGAAUCUUCAAAAGGCUCGAAUUUAUCAAACAAGUCAUGAACAUUUCGAGAAUGUUGCACAAAACACUUAUCGCAAUGCUGAGAAACUUCUUGCUGCUGCUCAUGAGCUUGCACAAUCAGGUGAAGUUGCACCAGCUGAAAUUCAUUCAGUUGUUUGUAAUCUCGAGAAGCAUGUUUCGUCAUUCGCUGAACGUGUUGAACAACGUCGAAGACGUCUUGAUUUGGCUGUUUUAUUCUAUUCAAAUGAAAAAGAUUUACAAGUAUUUGUUGAUCAACUUCGUGAUGAAGUGACAAAUGAUGAGAUUUUAAGUCUUUCAAGUAAGGAUUUGAUGGAAACUGAACGAUUACUUGAGCAAUGUAAAGAACAAGAAGAAAGUACAAUUCAAACAACAAUGCAAGCUCAUGCUCAAGGUGAAGCUUUGAUUCUUGAAUUGAGAGCAUUGAAAGAGCCAGAAGAUGAUUCAACUGGUUCACUUGCAGCUGUUCAAAAUGCACUUGAAAGAUUAGCAAAAAAUCGUGCAGAUCUUGAGUCACUUUGGCAGACAAGAAAGAUGCGCGUUGAUCUUUACCUUCGAUUGCGAAUCUUUGAGCGUGAUGCUUUAGAAGUUUCAUCACAACUUGAGAUGUGGGCGGAAGAACUUCAACACAUCGAAGUCACUAGAAAUUAUCAAAUAGCUGAACAGUCACUGCGUUUACAUAAUGAGAGUGUUAAUCAAAUGCAAAGCACGGUUUAUCAAAUAAUUCAACAGGGACAAGAACUAAAUCAAUUGUUCGAAAGUUGCGGAUUUAUUAUUAUGGCUGACGCAAGUCACACGGCAACAACAAGAGUUCAAUAUCUUCUCGAAUUUCUCCACGAUCGUGAAAUGGAUCUUGAAGAUCUCGCUGAAGCCAAACGUGUCAAACUCGAACAAACAAUUCAAUUGUGUCACUUUCAAAAUGAUGCGAAUCAAGUCAUUUCAUGGAUUCGUAAUGGCGAAGCGAUGCUUUAUGCAAACUUCGCUAUUCCAAAUAGCUUCCAAGAUGCUGAAUUGUUUAUGAAGGAACAUGAACAGUUUCAGGUGGCAAUUGAACGAACACACACUGCAGCAGUUCAAGUUAAGUAUCGUGCUGAUGCUUUGACAAAUGCUAAUCAUUAUGAUCCACAAUCGAUAGCUGAAAUUGCUGAUGAUGUCACUAAGAAAUGGCAGCAACUUGUGACAUGUGCUGAAGAUCGUCAUAAGCUAAUGAAAUCGGGAAUGAAUUUUUUCAAGACUGCUGAACAAGUUUGCAGUGUUCUUGAUAGUCUCGAAAAGGAAUAUAAGCGAGAAGAAGAUUGGUGUGGUGGUGGUGGAUCAUCAGAGAAAGCUCAGGUUAUUGUUCAAUUAAUAUCGAAACAUCAGGAACAAAAAGAAGCUUUCUUGAAAGCUUGCACACUCGCUCGUCGCACUGCAGAAACUUUCUUAAAAUUCAUUAGUCGUGCUUAUCAAUUUUAUGACAUUCAAUCACCUGGAACAAGUGAAGCCCGCGUUAAAUCAAUUCUUGACAAUCUUUUGUCGCAAGAAAAUCAUGUUUUGGAGUUUUGGACGCAACGUAAGAAAGCAUUUGAUCAAUGUCAACAAUUUGUGUUGUUCGAACGAUCAGCAAAGCAAGCAAUUGAAUGGAUUCACGAUACUGGUGAAGCUUAUUUAACAUCGAGAGCUUCAAAGAUCUGCAAUAGCAAUGAAGAGAGAGAAGUUUUGUUGAAGGAACACAACGAAUUUAAAGGCACAGCUAAAGAAACUCGUGAACGAGUGAAGCUUUUGAUUCAAUUAGCUGAUUCUUUAGUUGAGAAAGGUCAUGCACAUGCAAUCUCGAUUAAGCAAUGGGUGGCAACAGUUGAUAAUCGUUACAAAGAUUUCAGCAAUCGAAUGGAACUUUAUCGGUCUAAUCUGGAGAAGUCACUUGGAUUGUUGACAAUCUCUGAUGAAGAUACGUCGUCAGCUGGUUCAAUAAAAUCAUCGAAUCAUCAUUCAGAGUAUCGACAUUCAGAUCCUUCACUUGAAAACAAACUUCAAGUUGUCUCGAAAGAGAUUUCCGAAGAGAAAAGAAAAUGUGCACGUAAAAAAGAAUUCAUCAUGGCGGAACUUCUCCAAACUGAACGAACUUAUGUGAAAGAUCUCGAAAUCUGCAUCGAAUCAUUUCUUAAAGAGAUGAAGAAGAAUGUCGCAAACGUGCCAAAGAAAUUAAUCGGCAAGGAAGAGAUUGUGUUUGGUAACAUUGAAGACAUUUAUCAAUUUCAUAAGCAAAUCUUUCUCAAAGAGUUGGAGAAAUAUCAAACGAUACCGGAAGAUGUUGGACAUUGUUUCGUCACAUGGGCAGCAAAGUUCGACAUGUACGUGUUCUAUUGUCAAAACAAGCCCGUGUCGAACGAUUUUGUAGUGCAAAAUGGUGGAACAUAUUUCGAAGAUAUUCAGCAGAAGCUCAAGAUUGAACAUUCAUUACCCGCUUAUCUCAUUAAACCUGUACAACGAAUCACAAAGUAUCAACUUUUGUUGAAGGAUCUUCAAUCAUGUUGUGACGAAGGACAAGGCGAAUUAAAAGAUGGACUCGAAGUUUGUAUGAACAUUCCGAAGAAAGCUAACGAUGCCAUGCAUCUGUCACUGCUGGAACAGUGUGAUGUGCCGAUCAAUUCACUUGGUGAUGUGGUUUUGCAAGAUUCAUUUUUGACAUGGGACAAUAAACAAAUCAUACGAAAGGGACGUGAACGUCACGUAUUCUUGUUCGAUUUGUACCUUUUAUUUUCAAAAGAAGUUAAAGAUACCAAUGGCGUUGUGAAAUAUGUUUAUAAGAAUAAAUUAAUGACAUCUGAUUUGGGUGUUACCGAGCAUAUUGAAGGUGGUGACGAGUGUAAGUUUGCAAUCUGGACGGGACGUGCACCUAUGAUGUCGGAUUUUAGAAUUGUAUUAAAAGCAAAUAGUUUGGAGACAAAGCAAACGUGGAUCAAACGAUUGCGUGAAGUCAUCCAAGAAACUUACUUCUCGGGAACUUCUUUCUCAUUACUUAAGUCACCGGGAAAAGUUUCCAACAAUAAAAAUAGUCUGACAGCUUCACAACGAUUAUCCAAAGACAUUGAAGAUCAAGGAAUCAAUAAUGCUGAUCAUGAUCCCGAUGGCAGUUCGUUAGCAAGUUUUGGAUCUGGCAAUACCACUGACAGCGAAAAGCCGCACAUGACGUGCUUUUCUCAAUGGCCCCCUAAAGUAGAUCAAUCAGCACUUCUCAUAAAAACUAGCCGCAAGGUGAUGAAAACUUUUCCUCAAACAACAACAAUAGCAACACCAAUGAGUAUAGCUGAAAAAUUUAAAAUGGAUCUUUUGACAAUGAAGACAGCAAAAGGUGGUCGUAAGAUUUCACUUCCAUGGUUUCGUCAGAGCAGUGUUCAACAGUCACACGCUGCUUUGUCACGACAACACACCAUAGACACUCCUGGAUCGUUCCGUUCCUAUGUGGGAUCCAAGAAAGUACAGACUGGCAUCGUGGAGAUGACGUGGGUCAUAUCAGAUUACGUCGCCGCUCAAGGCAGUGCCGAAUUGAGUGUGCAAAAAGGGCAGCAAGUGGAAGUGAUUGAUACAAAUUGUCUCGGAGCUCCUGACUACUGUCUGGUGCGCUUGACAAAUGUUUCAUCUAACAACAACAAUGUUUCUACAACUUCACUCAGUUCAUCAUCAACACAAGAACAGAUCAUACAGGAAGGGUUAGUGCCAUCGUCGAUCUUAAAGCCACCACCAACACAAAUGUCAAAGAGUCGUCGAGCGGGCGAUGGCGAUGAAGAGUCACAAGACAACGAUGCUAGCAACAAUCACACAUCGCCGGUGAACAAGCGAAAAGGAUUCAGCGGUAAAAAGUGGCUACCACAACAAUUAAGGAAAUUAUCACAUAGUAAAACCGAUAAGCUACCAGUAGACAAAUCAGCGCUCAAAAAAGGAUCUGAUAAGAAAUCUAAGGAUAAACAGAAGGAAGAACCUGAAUCACCAGCUCCAACGACAGUCGUAGCUCCAUCAUUACCCGGACCAUCUUCAACCUUCUCCAACUCAAUUCAAAGUCAUCCAACAGAAGAAGUUGAAGAUGCGCUCGAGUGCCUUGAGCUGCCACCGCCUAUGAAACCCAUUCAAGAUCCAUCACAAAUUGUCGGUGACGAUAAUUGCAUACAAACGACCAAUCCAUCCAACAGUAAAGCACUUGACGAGAGUGAUUUGGCUGAAAUUGAACAAAUUGUAAAAGAAAAAAUGGAAAAACACGAAGCUAGUCUAAAGCAUCCACAAUCCUUAUCGCCUCAAGUUUCAGAGAAUGAAGAUAACUAUGGCAAUGAUUCUACCAUUUCCAUUGAUGAUAUUUUGAGGAAACGAAUGUUUGCUCUUAAGGAGCUUGUUAGUACCGAAGAGUCGUAUGUUCAGGACUUAUCAUUAAUUGUUAAUGGCUACAUUGCCGAAAUCAGAAAUCCCAACAGUGAUAUUCCAAUGCCCGAGGACUUGAAAGGCGGUAAAGAGCGAAUGGUAUUUGGCAACAUUGAGGCCAUUUAUGAAUGGCAUAGAGACAUUUUCCUCAAAACACUUCACAAUUGCAUUCAAAAUCCCUCCGAGUUGAGCGCAAUCAUUAAACGUAGCGAACGUAAACUACACAUGUAUGUUGUUUAUUGUCAAAAUAAGCCAGUGUCAGAACAUAUUGUCGCUGAACAUUUGGGAUAUUUUGAUGAGAUUCGACAGAAAUUAAAGCAUAAAUUACUGCUCUGCGAUUUGCUCAUAAAACCAGUACAAAGAAUAAUGAAAUACGAACUGCUUAUUAAAGAUAUUCUCAAGCACACAAAGCGAGCUGGACUGAUUGAAGAAGCUGAAGAGCUUGAGCGAGCUUUGAAUAUCAUGAGAGUUGUUCCAAAAGCUGCCAAUGACAUGAUGGAUGUUGGUCGCCUUCAGAAGUUUGAAGGAAAAAUAACGUCACAAGGAAAACUUCUGCUUCAUGGCACACUUUUCUGUAUUGAAUGCAUUAAUACCGAGCGUAAUUCAAGCUCAAUGCAAAAGCCAAAGGAACUUCAAGUGUUCUUGUUCGAACAGAACAUCAUCUUCUCCGAUAUCAUCGGGAAGAAGACGCAAUUCACAAAUCCUUCAUAUAUUUAUAAAUCGCAUAUACAGGUGAAUAAAAUGACAUUGCAAGAUAUUGAAGAUUCAACGGGAAAGAAGUUUUUAAUAUGCUCGACGGAUCCACAACGUUCUGGUAUUAGUUUCAUAUGUGUGUCGCCAACUGUUGAACUUCACAACGAGUGGGUUCGAACUAUCAAUCAUCAGCUACAAAAGCAAUUUGAUUUUGUGAAUGCGAUUAAGAAUCCAAUUGAUUACAUCAAGAAGAUGGACAGCACCAAGAGUAAUUCUUAAACAUAAAAUACAUUUUACUGUCUUUCUUUCAACGACUUCAGCUUGUCGUAAACUUUUCUCCCACACGAAGCUGACAUUUUAUCAUUCAUUAGACGACAAUUUAAAAAUAAAAAGAAAAGAGUUUUGUUUUCACUCUUUCUUUAAAUCAAAAUUCUUUACUUUGUAAGAACAAAAAUCUUCUUGAUUUCUUAAUCUUAAGAAAUUAAUUGUAAACGUCAUUGAACAAAUCUUAAGAAGAAAAAAAUUAUCUAUUCAAACUUUAAAGUUUAAAGAAAUAAAAAAAAACAUUUCUGAGCAUAGGAUGAUGAAUUGCAUUAAGUUAUGGAUUGCAUGAAAAAUUCACAUUAAAAUUAAAAAAAAAAGUUUCAACUUAAAAGAAUUAAAAAUGAUGAAAAAUAAAAAAGAAAAUAUUUACAAUGUGUUUGUGAUAUCUUAAAGUAAAUGAAACGAUGGGGGAACAGUUGAUAAUCCUAGAUGAUUUAUCAGCUAACAAAAAUUUUGAUUGUGCACAAAAAAAAUAAAUAAAUAAUUGAUGGAUGAUGAAAUUUGAGCUGAACAGACAACAACUUAAAAUUUUAUGAUUAAACUUUUUAUUUUUAAAAUUUUUUUCCUUAAAGUUUUUGAUUCAUUUCAGAUUUUUGACACUCAAUUGUUUUUAUUGUAGAAGAUCUUUCAUAAAUAUUUAAAUAAAUUAUGAAUGUGCGAGUUCAUUAGAUAUUUAAGUAAGCCAACAAAGCAUGAAUGUCAAAAGUCUUGAUUAAAAAUAUGGAUUGGAUCAAAGGCUGCGCAACCGAAGAAUUUUAUAACUUAAGAAAUGACGAUAAGAAAAGAAACAAACAAACAAAUAAUAAAAAUGUUCCAUGCAAAUUUUUUUAGAUAUUUUUAUGAGUUUGAACUUUAUUUUGUAAAGCGAAACUAAAGAAAAUUUCCUCCUUAUUGUGUUAAAUAUUUACAUUUAAUGAAAUGAAUGUAAACAGAUUGUGUAAGCCCAUUUGCAGAAUUCUGAAAUCCUUUUAUGUUUAAGUGGCAUUUCCAUUUAAAAAAAGAACAAAAACUUGGAAGUUGGAACCACGAAGAAAUUAAAGAGAAAGCUGAAAGAAAAAAUAAAAUGAAAAAUCAUUUGAAAAGUGUAAAAAUUACGAGUUUUUCUUUUCUAAUCUUUAUUAUCUAAAUGAAUCAAAGCAAUAAACUUCCAUCUGAUGUUCCAAGG